AUGUCAGCACCUAAGCUUAGAGAUCAUGUUGGCUUACUUCAAGAAGGCUUUGAAGGCCUUUUGACAACAAUUUUCCGCACAAUCGAAAAUAUCCAACGUGAUGCUUGCUUAGCUCCAGGAACUAACGAAAAUCAAUUAAAAUUCGAAAAUCUUCCACAAAUUGCAGAAGAAAUUGUUAAACGCGUCAAAUAUAUCGAUGCUCUCAUUGAUGAGGCAGACAAAGAAACAUGCAUUGGCAAGGAUGAAAAAGAAAUUCUUCAAUCCUUAAACGACAAGAAUCUCGAAUACGAACAGGAUGUUGAGUCAUUAUCUCAAAAUUGCGAACAAGCUGAGAAAUGGCUUGGCCGUAUUCGUCAAAUGCUUGAUGUCAUUGCUUCUAACACCUGGAUGCACCAAACAGAAACCCAGGACCAAUAA